AGAGGCCGUGAGGAGGCCGCGCGCGGGCCAGGCGCCGAGCCCGCGGGCCCGAGGCCGGCCGCGUCCCUGCACCCACAUGGCCUCCGGAGGGCGCGCGGCCUGCGAGCAGCUGCCGCACGACGGCACGUGCGACGAGUGCGAGCCCGACGAGGCGCCGGGGGCCGCCGAGCUGUGCCGGGAAUGCGGCUUCUGCUACUGCCGACGCCACGCCGAGGCCCACGCGCGCCAGUUCCCCGGCCACCGCCUGGCCGCCUACGUCCACGGCGCCGCCCGGGCCCGGACCUCGGGGGCGCAGGGCGCGGAGCACGCGGAGGCCACGGGGGAGCGCGAGGCGGGGGCAGAGAGCGAGUCCGAGGAGGGCAGCGAGUCCGAGGAGGAGAGCGAGACGGGGGAGGACAGCGAGACGGGGGAGGAGAGCGACGACGACGACGAGAGUGAGGAGGACAGCGAGGAGGAGAUGGAGGACGAGCAAGAGAGCGGCGCCGAGGAGGACAACCGCGAGGAGGGGGAGUCCGAGGCCGAGGGCGAGACUGAGGCGGAGAGCGAGUUUGACCCGGAAGUAGAAAUGGAAGCGGAGCGGGUGGCCAAGAGGAAGUGUCCGGACCACGGGCUGGACCUGAGCACCUACUGCCAGGAGGACAAGCGGCUCAUCUGUGUGCUGUGCCCGGUGGUCGGGGCGCACCGGGGCCACCAGCUCUCCACCCUCGACGAAGCCUUCGAGGAACUAAGAAGCAAAGACUCAGGCGGGCUGAAGGCAGCUAUGAUUGAGUUGGUGGAAAGGUUAAAGUUCAAGAGCUCAGACCCUAAAGUAACCCGGGACCAGAUGAAGGUGUUUAUACAGCAGGAAUUUAAGAAAGUUCAGAAAGUGAUUGCUGAUGAGGAGCAGAAGGCCCUGCAUCUAGUGGACAUCCAGGAAGCAAUGGCCACGGCUCAUGUGACUGAGAUACUGGCAGACAUCCAGUCCCACAUGGACAGGCUGAUGACUCAGAUGGCCCAAGCCAAGGAACAACUCGAUACCUCUAAUGAAUCAGCGGAGCCAAAGGCAGAGGGUGACGAGGAAGGACCCAGUUAUGGAGAGACCCCUGGUUGGGAAGAGGAAAGCCUUAGACUCGCUUGGUGGCACCCACAGUCUGUCGCCUUAUGCACCUCAUCACCGUCCGUCGCUGCUGCUUGUGAGCCUGCUCUUGUUCUUCACAGACCCCAAAUGGGGUAACAGUGGUGCCAGUGAAGAAGAGGACACUUGAAGGCUGGCCGUCCCCAGUGGAAAAUCAUUCCUUCCCUUGUGUGUAUGUGACAGCGUGUAUGUAACGGCUUCUGAUUUCUGUGAAAGCUGCCCGGCAACAAAUGUACUUCCACCGGAUACACCCCUGGAUCCCCAGCAGGCACAUGUCUCUCCAAGGGAUGACCAGUUUUGUCAUUACUGACUGUGCUGCUCAUUCUGUUGUCGUGAUAGGUCAGGGGAAAGUGCCCCUUUGAUCAACCAGGAGCAAUUAAGGGUCCUUCAGUUAAUCCCUCAAUGGCUGCUUUGAACUUACUCAGGAAAGCCAGCCCCUAUAAUAUUGUAUACCCAAAUAAUAUUGCUUCAUUAGGAAGGAUCUGGAAUAACCUUGAAGAGCACUCAGAAUUUUUUUCCCUACCUGCUAAGAAAACCCCACUUUAUUCACACUGAAGCAUGAAAUAGAUGAGGGCAAAGUGGGGCCAGAUCAACCCGUAGACAGUCUCUAACAGCCCAGUCAUACAUUUGUGAGAACAUGGCUUCACGAGACAGGAUGGAUGGCUGAAGAAUGGGGUUGGAGACAAGUUAAAAGUUAGAAAUAGAGAGAGAAAGUUUUAGUACAUGAGGUUAUCCAGGACUUCAGAUUCAUAAUUCAGUGCUGUGGAAAUGAGAAAAAUGAUUGAAGAGGUAGAAAGGAAAUGACUUUAAGAAAAAAAAAAACAGGACCAAAGAGAUCUGAUUAAAAGUUGAAAUCAGUAUUUCUGAACUCAAAUUGCCUGAGUUUCCAAAUAGUCACUAAAAGGAUCUGAUGGAACCUGAAUUAUUUGGGUCAAUUCUGCAGGUUUUAUGGGUCUUGUCACAACAUGAAAGGCUGGAAUGUAUAUUACCAAAUGGGAAUUUUUCAGUGUAGGUUUUGGUCCCCGUCCCCCAGCUUAGUCUAGUUUGGCCUCAAUGCCUUGUGGGGAGAAUUCUUGUCACUCGUGGUGUGCUGAACCAAGCUCCGUCUCCCAGCAGAGAGCCCCUCCUUUUACUCUGGCUGGAACCCUCCUUUUCAUGGCCUCCCCACCCACAGACCUUCGGAUCAGCUCCCACACCCUGGCCCUCCCCUCUGCAGUAACAUGAGCAGAGACCCGCUAUGCUUGGACUUCGGGCCCUUCCCCGCUCCCAAAUCCCAUUUCCUUAGAACACUUUUACUCCCAAGGAAGCAGUCAUGUACUAGGCAACGUAAGACUGCAAGCUAAAAAAUCUACAUCUUCCGAAACAUCUGUUUUACUUUACAAAUGGUUUGGAGUCAGGGGAUGACCUUAUUUUUAGAUAAAACAGUUAUAUUAUGAAAUAGAAUGUUCAUACACAUAAAGAACUAAGAUAAAAUGGGAGACUUCACAGGAAAUUCUUAUUUGCAAGCGGGGUCUGUGUUCUCUUUCCUCUGCCUUCCGUGGCGUUGGGUGUUCACUUCUGAGAAGUACAACUGGAACUGUGUCGAAGCGGCCUUGGGUUGCUGCUGACUCAGGGCCUGGACUUCUAGUGCCUCUGAGGCAGCACCAGAGGAGCCUGCAGUGGAGGGGUCCCUCUCUUCCUGCUGCCUGCCUGUGGCCUGUGUGCCAAUCACUGAAGGUGCAGGGUGAGCUGAUGUGUGUGUGCGGGAUGGUUUCAAGGCAGAAACAGUACUUACUUACUGUAGGAAUCCUAUUUAUAUCAUUGUUCAAUCUUGUGCAUGCUAUGAAAUAAUUAUUUCUUUGAGGCCAGGGAGCUACUAGGCAUAUAUGCUUCUGGGUUAGGAUUACCCUAGCUCACUAAAUAUGUCAGAAUGUUGACAAGGGCUGAGAGUAGGUUGGGCUGUUUAAAAAAAGAAAAAAUGGAAUUUUUCUCUCACUGGUGGCAGGCAAAUGGCCAUGGCUGUUUUGAUGCUUUACCUGUCUGCCUGCAAAGACUGGGAAAUUUGGUAUAGCACUAAUUACAGCCCCUGACCGUAUCCAACAGAGCUACCCUUCAGGAAGAAGGAGCAAUGGCCACUCUUUUUUUAAAAAGUUUAAAAAUCAGGAGAUGAAGACGACUUUAGGUUUGGAAGCUCAGAUUGUCUUUCCCCGAUAAUUACUGUUUAAUCUUCAAAUAGCCUUGUUUUAGCAGUGGGCAGAUCAUUGGCUCUUCAUACCUGACCAUAUGUCAUUACUUUAAUUCGGUAUUUGGGAAACCCAAGCGUUUAUGCAGUGGGUAUGAACGGGAAUAUAAAAAUACAUGCCAGCCUGUCUCAAUAAAUUAUCCUGUCUCUGUAAUCCUCGAGGAAAGCACUUUUGCUUUUACUUAGAAAGGAUUUCAGAUUUGCUUUAUGGGCUCCUGCUGUCUUCAGCACCUGAUAAAACUUUAACCAAGGAAGCAUUAAACACAGCACAGCAGCUUCUGCCCAGGCUCCGGAGUUCCUGCCUGCAGCAUUUAUCAAUGUAGGAAUUGGGAUGCUUCCUGCAGUGGCACCAGCUUCCCCUAAACCUGGAGCAUGCUGCUCGACCCCAAGCCCCAGUGUGUGUGAGGCCUCCCUCCUGCCAGGUCAGUAGAAGGUAGAGCGCUCACAAUUGUGUCCUGACUGGCUGCAGGGUUUGCAAGAAUCCCUAGGGAGAAGUCAUCCAGGGAGGCAGGUAAUGAAUGUCUCCAGAGUGGAUUGGGUCCUCACAGCAACCCCUGGCUGCCUUCCAAAUGUUGGGUAUCUGGAGGGUUGAGGGGGCGUUUGUCCUUUGAUUUGAUGUCAUUAAAUCCAGGGCAAUUCCAAGAAGUGCUUGGAGUCUCAGCUCUGACAGUCCAGGAAGGAAGCUGGCCUAUAUUGAGAGCCAGCUAAUAGCCGGGCCCUGUACUAGGCCUUAUUUCUGAGAGGAUAAAGCAAUUUGGAGUGGGUGAGUCACUUGCCUUGAGUUACACAUCUCGAAAAUAUUGCACCUAGCUCCCCUAAUCUGCAGCCAUGGUACGCCUCAAGUACAGAGGGAGCAAAGGCCUGCAGACACUGCGGUCCGACUGGACACUUCAUGAGUUCGUUUUCAAAAUUACAUUUUCUGGCUGUAGCUUGGACUCAGAAAUGGCAUCAAGGUAGCCCUAUUCUUCCACUUUAGAAGAUGCAUUAAGUACAUAUUGCUAACUUGAGCCUGCCCCCAGAAGUUGGGGGAGCCCUUCCUUUUGGUGCCGUUCCCCAUAAAUAAAAUGGAGGCCUUCAAGAGUGAGGUGAGAGCCCUGAAGGAGUCUGCACUCCAGCCUAUUCCACGAUGUGGAAUGGUACGGGAAGUUUGGAUAUCCAGACAUUUUGGUGACCUGAGUCUGACCACUCCAGUCAGGCCUGAGGGCACAGCUGCAGAAUUCAGGACUUGUAGUAGUGGCAGAGCCUGGAAAGUCCUCUCCCCCACCUAGAAAACAUUCUCUUGCCAAUACCUGAAAUUCCACACUCACAUGAUGAGUGUUCUAUACAUGCUUUUCGGUAAGAAAAUCAGUUGCGUGUGUACUGUUUGCCUAGCACAUCUGGAAUUUUCUGUUUGAAAAACGUAUCUCGUUAUGAAUGGACUCAGCCUAGCCCUAAGAGUCCAUGGCACAGGGGAGACUUCAGAUCUCAUUAAUAAUGCCUCUACCCAGCAGUGUUUCUGAAUUGCCACCGUAACCCAUCCAAGACCUCUGUGGCCCAGACAGUUCCUGCCCUCUAGGGGCCUGCCUGGUAAAACAGUAGCAUUCGGAACUGAGAACACAGCAGAACAAGCACCAUAACAGGAAAAUGAAAAUAAAUUGAUACUUGUGGGUGUACUGGUGCAAAAAGUGCUGGGCUUGAGGGGACGGUAGAUUUAUACUUAAUGGGAGUUAAACCUGACCAGGCUUUCUACAGUGACAGGCCAUACUGUGUGGGUGGGGAGAACCAGCGAGUCCGUUGUUCUCUGCCUGUUGUCCUGUGCACACUCACAUCCCCUCCUUAGUCAUCUUCCCCUUUCACCCUUUACUUUAACAAGGGAAUGCUCAGUCUUUCAAGGGAAUUACACGUUUGAGUUAAUGUUUCAGUAUAUCAUUUUCAUAAUGUAAAUUAUUUUGUAAGAGAUUUACCGCUAUCCCAGGAUGUUUGGACUCAGCACCCCUGUGCAUUUGGAAAUCAAUAAACUAUUACUGGAAAUACCA